AUGAAGAACAAAAAGAAUGGACCUCAACAUCGGGGAAAAUGGUACUCGACCCCUCCUAAGCAAUAUGGUAACUGCCCCAACAAUCAGAGGACCGUUGCUGUGGGGUUUGCGGCUGGUAGUGGUAGCAAACCCAAUACUUUCCCCACUCAGGUCACUUGUUACAAAUGUGGUAUGCCAAGGUACAUCUCCUCAAAUUGUGUUGAUAAAGACGUGACCUAUUUUAAUUAUAGACAAAAGGGGUAUAUUCAGAGAGAUUGUCCAUAUCCCAAGAAGGAGCAAAAUGAUGGGGGCCUGAAUGACCAAACUGGACAUCCGAAGGCCACAGGAAGAGUCUUUACCCUUAACGAUGCUAAAGCUUCAAAAUCGAAAGAUCUAAUCCAAGGUAAAUGUUUCAUAAAUGGGAUUCCGUUACUUGUACUAUUCAAUUCCAAUGCAACCCAUUCUUUUAUAUCCUGUUCAUGA